UACAAAACAGUGUCUCGCAGGAGGAUGCAUAAUGCCAGUAUAAAAGUUGUUACGAUCAUAAAUAAUGCAGUGAUAUCUUCCUGUUAGCGCUGCAACGAAUGUAGGACAACGUUAUGCACAAAUUACGCACUACUUUACGCACGUAAAAGGUCGGCGUCAGCGGUUAACUUAACCAAAGAAAACCUCCACGUGGGAGUUUAAAAUAGUCCGCAGUAUAUACCAUUAAUAGGCGCUUUGAUAAAUACCCAUAUUUAAAUAUCCAGUCGUUCGCCCUUCAGCGCGUAUACUACAGUCUCGACUCCGUGCUCCGCUUGGUGGGAUCCGUGUAAAUAGUAAGUGUGAAUAAGGCGAACUGCGGCCAUUGUCCCGAGGGGGAAAAUUGUAAUGGACGGGACCUGUUGUUAUGAUCCGGGGUAAUUUUGCUUUAGACCCAGGACGGCAGCAGAUGAGGCUCACAGGAGGUGGUGCCGUUGCAGCCUUAAGACCAAAAUAAAAACGUGUGCACUUCGUCUCGGCGAGUCUAGACUGAAGAUGCUCUUGGACGCAGGACCGCAGUAUCCCACCAUAGGAGUCACUACUUUCGGCUCCUCACGGCAUCACUCAACAGGCGAAGUCACAGAGAGAGAAGUAGCGUUGGGGAUAAAUCCGUUCGCGGAUGGGAUGGGCGCCUUCAAAAUAAACCACAGCUCCCACGAUAUCGGCUCCGGACAAACGGCGUUUUCCUCCCAGGCGCCCGGCUACGCGGCAGCCGCCCUAGGACACCAUCACCACCCGAGCCACGUUGGCUCUUACUCCACGGCGGCUUUCAACUCCACCAGGGACUUUCUCUUCAGAAAUCGGGGUUUCGGGGACGCCACCGGGGCGCAGCACAGUUUGUUCGCAUCCGGAAGUUUCGCAGGGCCACAUGGACACUCAGAUGCAGCGGGGCACCUGCUCUUCCCAGGGCUCCACGAGCAAGCGGCGAGCCAUGCGUCUUCCAACGUGGUCAACAGCCAGAUGCGGCUGGGCUUCUCGGGGGACAUGUACGGACGGGCCGACCAGUACGGCCACGUUACGAGCCCGCGGUCCGACCACUACGCGUCGACCCAGCUGCACGGCUAUGGCCCCAUGAACAUGAAUAUGGCCGCACACCACGGAGCUGGGGCCUUCUUUCGAUACAUGAGGCAGCCGAUCAAACAAGAGCUCAUCUGCAAGUGGAUCGAGCCGGAGCAGCUGACGAAUCCCAAAAAGUCGUGCAACAAAACUUUUAGCACGAUGCACGAGCUCGUGACCCAUCUGACGGUGGAGCAUGUGGGGGGACCGGAGCAGACCAACCACAUCUGUUUCUGGGAGGAAUGCGCCAGAGAGGGAAAGCCAUUCAAAGCCAAAUACAAACUUGUAAAUCAUAUCAGAGUACACACCGGAGAAAAGCCCUUUCCGUGUCCGUUCCCCGGCUGUGGCAAAGUAUUUGCUCGAUCGGAAAAUCUAAAAAUUCACAAAAGGACUCAUACCGGUGAGAAGCCUUUUAAGUGUGAGUUUGAAGGCUGCGACAGGCGAUUUGCAAACAGCAGUGACCGCAAGAAACACAUGCACGUCCACACGUCUGACAAGCCCUAUCUCUGCAAAAUGUGCGACAAGUCAUACACACACCCCAGCUCCCUCCGAAAACACAUGAAGGUCCAUGAAUCCACCAAUCCAGCACCGCAACCAUCUCCGGCGGCCAGUUCAGGGUACGAGUCGUCCACACCUCCCACUAUAGUAUCACCGUCCACAGAGAACCAGAGCAGCAGCUCCAUAUCACCAGCAGCCUCAGCAGUUCACCACACAACCAGCCACAGCACGCUGUCGUCAAAUUUCAAUGAAUGGUACGUGUAAAUAUUUUUGAACACAAAAAAAAGAAAAGAAAAGAAAAAGAAAUAGAAAAAGGACUGCAUAAUUUUAAAAAGCAACUGCUUGGAAUCAAAGACUUUAUAAAGUCAGACAGUGAAACAUGGACUGAGAAAACACGGGAGGCCCGAACGAUCAAUUACAGGCUGUCUUAGUGCCAAUGAGAGAAUGCAUGGACAAAAAGGAGGCAAGGACAGCCACCGAGUUUAACUUUUUUCCCUCAAUAUUUCUUUGAGUCCUUAUUUUUACUGAGAGACUGCUCGAAAGAGAUCUCAAAAAAGCAUGCUAUCUCCGGGUAGAGGCCUGAAUUUUUUUGUACAUAAGGAUUUCACCAAGUUGGAAAAAAAAUGUAAUAUUUUAUUUUGUAAAUAGUUCUAUCACAGUUUAAGGGAAUUUGUGAAAAUGUGGUCCCUAGAUAUAUGGAGAAUGAGAUGGGUUUAAAGAAUAUUGCGAUGAAUAGACUUCAUUGAAAAGAAUGUUAUAGUUGUGAACCAAAUGUGAAUUAUUCAGUAUUACUACAGUCUACACGUCGACCUAACCGACUCUUAGUAUUAAUGUGCUUUUGUAGCCUAUUCAGUGCAACAUUUUCGUCCAAGGUCCAGUUUGAGUAGCACAGUAUCAUUGUUGUUAUUUAAUGUCAUGUCGAUAAAUCGUGUAGUGAAAGCCUGAAAUUCCGUGUCAAUCUGUUUAUGUACGUGAUAAAUAUAAAAUCUCUGUCAAUUGCUUUGUCUGAAAGGAAGUAUUAUUACAUGUAAGUAGCUCAAUUUUCCAUAUUUAUCCGCAUGUAAAGGACCGGUAACAUGUUAGAAAUGAUCGGUAUUUAUGGAGAAAUGCGCUCGUAUGUAAAAUUUAGUUUACAAAAAAAUGUUUGGAUACAUUUCGUACUAUAUUAAAGGAUU